CCCUGCCGCCGCGCCGUAGGCCUGUGGCCUCACUGGUGCGCCGGCCGGCUGCGGUGUACUCUGGGGCCAGAGAGAUGUCGCUGCUGCGGUCGUUUCGCUUCUCCCUGGCCGCGUGGGCCGGCAGCUGCCCGGCGGGACCCCUUCUGCUUCAGGCGCCUCAGCCGUGGCACACAUUGCGCCCUGGGCCCCGGCUCUCUUCCUCGGCCUGCAGCAAGGAGCUUCUCAUGAAGCUACGGCGAAAAACAGGCUAUUCCUUUGUAAACUGCAAGAAAGCCCUGGAGACUUGUGGCGGGGAUCUCAAACAGGCAGAGAGCUGGCUCCACAAACAGGCCCAGAAGGAAGGCUGGAGCAGAGCUGCCAAACUCCAUGGCAGGAAGACUAAAGAAGGUCUGAUUGGGCUGCUUCAGGAUGGAAACACAACUGUGUUAGUAGAGGUAAACUGUGAGACAGAUUUUGUUUCCAGAAAUUUAAAAUUUCAACAGUUGGUCCAGCAAGUCGCCCUGGGGACCCUGUUGCAUUGUCAGAACCUAAAGGAUCAACUCUCCACAUACAGUAAAGGCUUCUUGAAUUCCUCUGAGCUCUCUGAACUUCCGGUUGGGCCCGAGAGAGAGGGCUGUCUCAAGGAUCAGCUAGCCUUAGCAAUUGGGAAACUGGGAGAAAACAUGACUCUUAAACGAGCUGCAUGGGUAAAGGUGCCGGCUGGGUUCUACGUUGGCUCUUACGUCCAUGGAGCGAUGCACAGCCCAUCGCUCCACAACCUGGUGCUGGGGAAGUACGGGGCCCUGGUCAUCUGCGAGACAUCUGAGCGCAAAGCAGGCCUGGAGGACCUGGGUCGCCGCCUUGGGCAGCAUGUGGUGGGCAUGGCCCCUCUCUCUGUUGGCUCUUUGGAUGAUGAGCCUGGUGGGGAGGCGGAAACCAAGAUGCUGUCCCAGCCAUACUUGCUGGAUCCCUCCAUCACGUUGGGACAGUAUGUGCAGCCUCAAGGAGUGUCUGUCGUAGACUUUGUGCGGUUUGAAUGUGGGGAAGGCGAAGAGGCAGCAGAAGCUGAAUAGGUGACAGAGACUUGGCCCCGGAGGAAAUGUUUCUUCUCAGCUCUGGACAUCAUUACGAAAAGAAGUUAUUUCCUGAGCCUCUUCAAACCCAGAAGUUUUUCGUUGGCAUUUAUAAAGAAAUGAUAGACUUGGUGGGUAAAGUUAUGAAAUACAAUUGCUAUAUAAUAAAGAAGAGUAGAAUCUUUUCCUUGUUUGCGUAA